UCUUUUUUUCCCAGCGUUCCUAGCGAGAGGGCCAUUCACCCGGCGCGCGGGGGCUUUCUGGGAGUUGUAGUCCGUGCCUCAGCGCUGCUUCUCGAGGCCUGUGCCCUUGGCUUCUCCGUCAUGCUGCCCGCCAGCCGCUGCCUCGCACUCUCCCUCCGCCGGGCUCUGGCGCUGGGCGCUCCGCGGGCCUCAGCACGGCAUUAUGCUGAAGCGGCCCCCGCUGCGGGUGGCUCGGCCCAGAUGGCCUUCACAUUUUCUUCGCCCACGGAGGUUUUCUACAACGCAGCCAACGUGAAGCAAGUAGACGUCCCCACCCUGAGUGGAGUCUUUGGUAUCUUGGCCUCCCACGUCCCCACCUUGCAGGUCUUGAAGCCGGGGAUUGUGACCGUCUUCGCUGAGGAUGGAUCAGCUACUAAGUAUUUUGUGAGCAGUGGUUCCAUCACAGUGAACGCAGAUUCCUCCGUCCAGUUGCUGGCCGAAGAAGUGGCGGAGUUGGAUCGCCUUGAUCUUGCGGCGGCCAAGUCAAACUUGGAAAAGGCCUUGGCGGAGCUGUCCUCGGCCUCAGACGAAACGGCGAAGGCUGAAGCGCAGAUUAGCGUGGAGGCCAACGAAGCCCUUGUGAAAGCCCUGGAGUGAGAAGGAGGGAAAUCCUGCCGCCACUGCAUGGAAUCAACAGUCUCGGCACUGGACAUCUCCUCCUCUUCCCCCUCUUUUUGUGGUCUGUACAGAAGAUGCGGCGGUCAACGCCCACAAUUAGUUCUUCACAAUUAAAAAGAGGCAAAAAAAGGCUCGUUUUGACAAGUGUGUUUUA